AUGAAUUUCUCUCUACCGUCCUCCCCCACACUCAUUCCUCCUGUCUCCGCACGUCAAUUCAGCAAAUCAGGUUCAUCUCACGGAAUGUCGACGUUCAACGCUCCCGGUGGGCGCAGCUCACAGCACAACCCCCCUGUGGACAUGGCCCCUUCUACAGACGAGGCAAAGAUGAGCGGUGCCUCAGACAAAUCACCUACCACCGUCGGAGGCUCUGAUAAAGCUUCCUCCUCCAAAAAACCCAGACAUCGUCACAGCCCAGCUCAACUUGCCGCCCUCAACGAAUUGUUUGACCAGAACGAACACCCAAGCCUGGAGGAUCGCACAGAGCUUGCAGAGCGACUGGGCAUGGAGACUAAAACGGUAAAUGCAUGGUUUCAAAAUAAACGAGCUUCUACGAAGAAGCGCAACAGAGCUCCUGCAAACUCAGCUCAGCCUCUUCAGCCUGUGCCGGACAGUAACUCCGAUGCCGGCUCGGGGCACACACCUUAUUCUGCAGAGCCUCUGUCCGCAUCUUCAUCCAACCUACCAUCCAUCGCUAAUCUCCUCAACGACUCCUCUGUUCCACCACGCCAUUCCAAAGAGCUCUCUUUAGGCUCUCACCCCCACACCUCUCGGCGGCAGAAAGCAAGAAAUUUAGAUGCCCCCUAUAUAGAUGCCGACCGCGCCCUCGUGCACAAGGAUCUUCCCGUGACUGAACAUGCGAGGGGUGUGCAGGGUGCCUUCUUCGCAGGUCCAACAGGGAACUAUCCUCUAGGUGACCGAUUCGUCUCUGAAAAUGCCUAUUUGGAACAUCGGACUUCUCCUCACUUCUCUCACAUGGAGGCAUCUAUUUCUCCUCGAUACUCUCCAGACGAAGACACCCGCUUCGUCUCAGAAAAUGAUGGCCUGGGUGAUAAGAAGCCUCGUGGCGAGCACUCCCGGACCCGCACUCUGCCAGAACAGGCAGAGGAACUCCGAAAGGCGUAUGCAGCAAAUCCCCACCCUAGCCGGGAGGAACGGGAGCUGCUGGCGGAGAAGACGGGCUUGCGAUACCAGAGCAUCACGAACUGGUUCCAAAAUCAACGCAGCCAGGCCAAGAUCAGGAGGCAUAAGGAUACACCUCUCGAGUCAACGACUGUUCCAUACGAUCCCAUGGAUGCUCAAGACAUGCCGAGAAACGAUCGCGCAGCUGACGCACAUGCCAAUUCUUUUGCCACUCUACCUCCUGCUGCAAGCCACCCCUCCCUCUAUCCUACCUCUGCUCGCAACUAUCCCCUGAGUAACCUCCCACCACUUCCCAGACCUGUACCACGACGAGCUGGUGAAGUGUUUUCUCCAAUGCGUCAUGGUAUUGAUCCUCGCGGCGAAAGGCGUUCGUCAUUGCCCCCUCCCCUGCAUCCUCCCCCGACUUCGCCUCGUUCUCGAAGAAGCAUCACGCCAUAUUGUCGCGAUUUCCUUGCCGAAGAUGGCAGACGGCAUCACCGGAAUGGAUCCACCGAUGAUGUGCGGUCUCGCUCGCGCCGGUCACGCCCAGAGCCACGCCAACUGGAGGCCCUAAAGCGUCUCUGGUAUAUCACUAACAACCCGUCGUUGGAAGAGAGGAGUGCAGUGGCUCUCGAGUGUGGAAUUAAUUUGCUCAAUGAUCCCAGGGAUGUUGUCCGUGUUUCUAACUGGUUCAGGAACGUCCGCCAAACCGUGCGCAAGCGCGUUAUGAGAAGGAACGACUCCCACAUCCGUGGCGUCCGCUCUCCUUAUCCUCGCGCAGGAUCCUCGGAAUCGUCUUCGCUGUAUGGCGAGGACGAUUCCAUAGAGUUUGACGCUAGCUUGGACAUGGAUGUUGAUGAACGAAGUGACGACGAUUUUCCAGAGGCUGUGACACCAUCCUCCGGCUUGUCUGCUUCUCCUCCACCAUUUAAACGUGGUCGGGGAUAUACGCCAUGGUCGUUUGCCAGCGGUAUCGAUAACCUAGCACACGAGUCCAUGGGCAUGGGUAUCAUUGAACCCGCCGCCUAUACCGAGCUGGCAAAAGCUGUCGGUAUACCCGACGUCGGAGCUUCUUCUGACUUGUCUGUGAACGUUCCCAAGCUUAAGGGAGCGACCACAUUUUCUGGCGUCCGCAUUGAGGACGCACUCCUCCUGCUUAGCUUCCACCAGCACGCUACGCAUUGA